AUGCCUUCUCUUCAUCGAGCAUCAAUAUCUGUAACGCCAGCCGUUGAAACAAAUGAUGCAAAAGAACAAAAUGUCGAUGCACAUCUUCUUCAAGGAAUGGGCUAUUCACAAGAACUCUAUCGUGGUUUUUCUCCGUUAAUGUCAUUUGCAUUUUGUUUUACCGCUGUCAAUGUACUCGUAUCAAUGUCUUUAGGUUUUACUUUUACAUUACAUACUGGAGGAUCAGGCGUAGCUAUUUGGUCUUGGUUGAUUGGCUCAGUAUUUACUAUACUUAUUGGUCUUUCAUUAGCUGAGAUUUGUUCAGUUUAUCCAAGUGCUGGAUCAGUUUAUCAUUGGGCCGGUCAACUUGUAUCUGCGCGACACGCUCCUUUGGCAUCAUACAUUUGUGGAUGGUUCAAUCUUAUGGGAAAUGUUGCAAGUAAUACUGCAUUUGCAUCUGGUUUUUCUAGUAUUCUUGAUGCAGCACUCGUUCUCGGCGGUAAAACUUCAUUAAGUCUUGGCGUUCAAGUAGCUAUUAGUAUUGGUAUUUUAUCUAUGUGGGCUAUUCAAAACACUUUUCGUAUUGAUCAACAAGGAUGGUUGAACAAUUUAGCUGCGUUUUUUCAAAUAGCAUCAACGAUAACUAUAUUUAUUGUUUUAUUUGCCAUGGCUCCACAGCGUGCAAGUGCUCACGAUGUUUUUUUAUCAACUUAUAAUGGUACAGGUUUUCCAUUUCCUUAUGUAUGUUGUAUUAGUAUUCUUUCAACACUCUUCUCAUUUUGUGGUUACGAAGCUGGUGCACAUUUAGCGGAAGAAACAAGGGAUGCAGGUCGCGCAGCACCUAGAGGCAUUUUUGGCACGUGCAUCUGUAGUGCUAUUGUUGGACUUUUGUAUUUAUUGGCACUACUCUUUUCUAUUCCAGAUAUUGGCGUAUUUCUCAACAGCAGUAGUGAAGAAAAUGCAUCAACUAAUUUUAUCAUAGCUACUUAUCAAUUAGCUGCACCAGGACGAGGCGCAAUAGCACUAACUAUUCUUCUUAUUUUAAAUGUUUAUUUUGCUGGAAUGUCCUCAUUUACAGUGGCUACUCGAAUUGGAUUUGCAAUGGCUCGCGAUGGUGUUUUUCCAUUUUCACAUUAUUUACGUUGGAUAUAUAACGGAACAAAAACACCGUUAGCUAACGUUAUAUUUAUAUUUUGUAUCGAUAGUAUGCUUCUUUUACUUCAAUUACUAUCAACAACAGCUUUUUCUGCUAUAAUUGCUAUUGCUACACUUGGUUAUCAAAUUUCGUAUUUAAUACCAAUUUUUUUUCGUUUUACAUCAGCACGGAAAACAUUUCCAUUAGGUGAAUUUAAUUUAGGUCGAUUUAGUUUACCUAUUGCUUUCAUCUCAAGUGUUUGGUUGGCAAUAACAUCCGUUUUUAUGUUCUUUCCAACGGAAUAUCCCGUAACAAAAGAUAAUAUGAAUUAUACAAUUAUUGUUGUUGGCGGUGUUUCAUUCAUUGCUGCAAUGUAUUGGAUUUUUUCAGCUCGACAUUGGUUUGUUGGGCCUAAACGAACGGAUCAACAUGAAACUCCAUUAUCACCUGGCCAUGUUACAGCGGAGGAUAAUGUCAUAACAGAAAUUCCAACGGAUAUUGCGCUAUCAAAACUGCAAACUUCCACUUUUAAUACAUGA